AUAUACUGAAGGGAGCUGAUGAGCUCUAACAACCCCGAUGCGUGCGUUUAUGAUGAAGUGGGCACGUUUAUAACACAUCAACUAGAUCAUAAAACGCUCUGAGAACAACUUAAUAAAAUUCAACCUGCUUUUUUUUUUUUUUAACAACGAGGAUUAAAAUGACAGCAACAGCUAGCAGAGAUCAAAUUAACGCGUCGCUACAUGAUUUAAUGCGCUGUCUGCCAUCACACAUCUACUCUCUGGAUGAGAGUCCCUCAUCAGUGCCGAUGGGAUUCUCUGAUGUUUGUUCUGAGCAGUUCAGUGAGGCGUCGGGAGGUUGCUUGAGCACAGACUGCUUCAGUGUUGAAAAACGGGGCCUUGAUCUGCCAGACCCGAGCAAGUUUUCUCCUGUCGCCUACACAGGAAAGAUAUCCAUUGACGCACAAGGAAGUUGGAACCACGAAGGAAUAAUCAAUUUUGUCAGUGCAGGAGUACAAGAUAGGCCACCUUCCUCGGGAUCAUUCUCCACGGGCUCUCCCGCAGGUCCCACUCCAGACUGCUCCAAAAUAGGCCAAACUCUUUCCAAUAUGGAGCAUAUAUACACCGGCCCGCCCCCUUACACCUGUAGUGCCGAUGGAUACCAGGACCCCUCGGCCUACCUAUCAGCCACCACGUGCCCCAUAACAUACGCCACUCCGUCGUACUCGGCCCCAAAGUCAACCCUAGACGGGGCGCUUUUCUCCAUCAUUCCCGACUAUGGAGGUUUCUAUCAGACCAGCAACAGCCAAAGGGACAACAUGGCUGCAUUUCAGGACAUUAAGCCAUUUUCGUGCUCUUUGGAGUCUAUUCGAGUCCCACCACCUCUGACUCCCUUGAACACCAUUAGGAAUUUCACUCUGGCGUGUCCGGUUGACGGGUCAAGGCCGCCUAUGGACGGUCACGGCACCAAUCCGCAAAACGUCCCACUCAGGCCAAUACUGCGGCCACGGAAAUACCCGAACCGACCGUGCAAGACGCCGGUCCACGAGCGCCCGUAUCCCUGUCCGGCGGAGGGAUGCGACCGGAGGUUCUCGCGCUCGGAUGAGCUCACGCGUCACGUCCGCAUCCACACCGGACACAAGCCGUUUCAGUGCCGCAUCUGCAUGCGCAGCUUCAGCCGGAGCGACCACCUCACGACUCACAUACGCACACACACGGGCGAGAAGCCCUUCUCCUGCGACUUCUGCGGCAGAAGGUUCGCGAGGAGUGACGAGCGAAGGAGGCACACAAAAAUCCACCAGAGACAGAAAGAUAAAAAGGUGUCGGCGCCCCCUCACAGCUCGAGCGCCGAUGCUACAGUGAUGUGAACUAACAGUCCAACUUCUGACUGCUGGGUUAGUCGUUGCCCCAGUUAAACCUGGAACUAUCGCUGUGUUUGUGUGCGCAGAGAUACCAAGGCAGCUUAUGAAUUAAGUGUUGAAUGUGGUUUGUUUGUAGGCUAGCUAGACAACGUCCUUAUCACAGAAUAUUUCAUGUGGUUCAAAAUGCAGUUGUUCUGAGAUAGUGUUUACAGUGAGUAUUUUUAUUACUGUUGAACUUGUGUGUCUUAAUAAAUUGUAAU